GAGCAUCGGAAACGUCCUCUACCCUUCGCCAAUUCCCCAUUAUCGACUUUGUUGCCGCCUUCCCAGCUACUACCUUUUCCCAACCCGCUAUCUGCAAUCCCCAACUACUGUAUAGAAUCCGAAUUGGGCCUUCCUCUAUGCGGAACUGCUUCUAGCCCGUGUGAGAAGGGGAGUCCAAAGCAUGAGUUCCCCUUCGUUUUGUCCGAGCUUCAAUUUUCGGGAAACGAAGGGCAAUAUGUAUGUCGCCUGAAGGUCCUGCACUGGUCUAAGUCGACGAAGAGAGAGCGUGUCUUGACAAUGGUAGGUCAAAUUCGGUAUUGUUGUUGCUAGAUUAUAGCAGUUGUGUAUCUGUG